AUGGAUAGUUCAUGUCUGACCAUAUUAUGUCGAAGGUCAAGUACCCUGGAACAGAUUCUCGAUAUCCUUCGGGGGUCUACUAUUGUGGAAGAGCGUGGCAAAGAUGUCGAUUCAAAGUUCUGGGCGACGUACAAGAAAGUUGCGAAUGAGCACGACGAUGAUUUCCUCGCCAGGGCGAAUGAUGAUAUGGGAAUUAUAUUGACCUUUGCUGGUCUAUUCUCAGCCGUCAACUCUGCCUUCAUCAUCGGAAUGCAGCCUAGCCCGGGGGAGACUACAAAUACCCUCUUGCUGCAUCUGAUCCAGAUCACUGCUGACCCAAAUGCUGCACAUGACAUCAGUAAUCUUUCCUCGUCCACGGGCUAUUCCUCUUCGACUCUCUGGAUGCAGGCGCUUGGCUAUGCUAGCCUCGCAACUAGUGUCAUGGCGGCGUUUGGGGCUGUGUUGGGGAAGCAAUGG